GGGCGACACGGGGCCAUAGAAGUAUUAUGAGUAGAACAGAAUGCAACGUUUGUUUUGGAUUUCCUUCUUCCAAUAGGGCCAAUUUCCAACAGUCAUGGAGGAGCAGACAGAGUCCCCCAGAGGAAAUGAUAACAGCAGCCGCAGAAAUGGAGACGAGAAACCCAGACGUGGCAGCUGGACCAAAGGAAGGAAGAGGAAGAAGCCCAUGAAGGACAGAAACGCUCCCAAAGCUCCUCUAACAGGAUACGUUCGCUUUAUGAAUGACAGACGGGAACAGCUGCGGGCCGAGCGUCCAGAUGUGCCCUUCCCUGAGAUUACCCGGAUGCUGGGCAAUGAGUGGAGCAAACUGCCCCCUGAGGAAAAGCAGAGAUACCUGGAUGAGGCGGAGCGGGACAAAGAGCGUUACAUGCGUGAGUUAGAGGAGUACCAGAAGACCGAGGCUUACAAGCUUUUCACCCGAAAGGUUCAGGAAAAGCAGAAAGGAAAGAGACAUCGGCCAGCAGAUGUUGGACACCAGGUUGCCAUUGAAGCCCAUCUGGAGAAGGACACGGAGGGGAAAGACAGGACAGUCUUUGACAUCCCCAUCUUCACUGAGGAAUUCCUCAACCACAGCAAAGCACGUGAGGCUGAGAUGCGGCAGCUGCGAAAGACGAACAUGGAGUAUGAGGAGCGCAAUGCUGCCUUGCAGAAGCACGUGGAAAGUAUGCGCGGAGCGGUAGAGCGACUGGAAGGUGACGUGAUGCAGGAGAGGGGACGAAACAGUCUUCUACUGCAACACUUGGAGACCCUAAGGCAGGCACUUGCUUCCAGCUUUGCAUCCAUACCUCUACCAGGCACCGGAGAGACAGCCACCCUGGAGAGCAUCGACUCCUACAUGAAGAAGCUGCACAGCAUCAUUAUCAGUAACCCACAGGAGCAUGACAGCCUCAUCAACACUGUGAGGGAGGUGGUCAACCGCUUAGACAGGUAAUUGGUUUCUGCUGUUUCCCUGGAUUCAGACAAGCCUCGGCCAGCUGACGUUCUAUGUCAACUCAUCCUGUCAGUUUGCCGUGCAGUAGAUUUCUCACACAGAUUUUACCUACUGAGAUUUUUGUUUGUGACAAGUCCAUUCAUAUUUAUUUUUGCUUGAGUAACAUCUUUUAUCAUUAUCAUCAAUAUUUUCAUAAAAAAUCUUCCUUUGGAUACUUUGUGCAGUUUUACUUUUAUAAUGUUGAAGUAUGACGUGCCAUUUGUUAGCUCAUUCAUGUAUAAAAAAAAAAGUGUUUCAAUAAACUGGUUCUAGUUGUACUUUUGUUUCACAAUACUCAGACGCGUAUCUCACCUGGAACUAAAUCUUCAGCAGAAACAAAUAUAAGGUACCGGUAACUAAAAAAGCGACUUGCCAGUACUGUAAUGGAAUGGAAUUUGAGGUAAUUAUUUAGCCCUCCCGGCCUGUGUGCUGGAAUACAAUAGCCAACUUUCCUCCACAGUGGACCACAGGAAAUCAGAUGAAGAUGGAUAAAACUGGAGCUAAUUGAGGUUUAAUUGGGACUUUAGAUAAUCCGCCCGGUUUAUUUGAUAAUCCCAGUCAGGAAAUAUCACAGCAUUGCUAUUGUUUUGGAUUUGUUUUUUGAGUGGAUGUGAGGAAGCCUUUGCUGAUUUCAGUUCUGAUGCCCUUUCCCACUCUGCAGCAAACAUCGAAAUACACUAUGUGCCAGUCCAACAAUAGGCAACAGUGUUUGGUCCUGAUGUGCUGCUCUUCCUGCUGGCCGGCAGACUCAGCUGAACUAUAUGUAACUACAUAUUAGAGUGGAUUAUACACUCUGGCCUCUUCAGAUGCCUUUUUGUUCUUAACAGCCGUUCGAAACAUCUAAUCAGACAAUCCCGUUCGGAUGUGUGAACAUCGGCUGCUUCUUCAAGACAGUCCCAUUCAAACAGAUCGACACAAAACGUAAUUUAUGUACUGAUAAAUUGUUUAGAUUAUAGUUUGAACCUGCUUUUGCAAUUAUAAAACCAAAUUUAUGAUGUAGUUCAUAAAAGAAAAACUCUCCGACUCUCCUUUGGACAGACUGUGAGAGUAGGAAAGGUCAGCUGUAGUAUUCUGCCUUCCUGUGACGGGUUGGAGUGUGAAAGUGGUUGGGUUACAGGUUUCUUUCUGACCUUGCUGCAGCUUGGCCUUCAACCCCUGAAGGUGCUCACAGUCAGGCCUUCAGUCAAGCUGUCCUUUGUUCACUGUGGCACUGACAACCUUUUAACAUGACUUUUUAACAUGACUGUGGCUAUCGUUGAAAAGUUGUGAGUCCAUGAAAGGAUUUUGGUGCUGUUCUGGACAGGUUCAAUCAGCAGCUGUACCAGUGGUGGGCACUGACACGCUAAGUAGCAUCAUCAGCAACAGUUCAAUGCCCAAGAAGGCAACUUCAGAUAGACAGUAUUUGAUCCAUUCCUGGAGCAAAUAUUUCACAUGCUUGACAGGUCCAUUUGCUGUGUUUCUUUGAUGGAUUUACUGAUAGGUGGUGCUCAUUUUCUUCUUUCAAUCUUACAUGUAGAUCUCAAGUGGCCUCGUCAGGUGCUACACAAAGAGAGUAGAAUCUAAUCGGAUUUGUUUAUUGUUUUCAUUGAACAUUCAAUUCAUUGAACACUGUGCCACCACCUGUGAAGUAAAGGUGAAAACUACUGCUUUCUAUGCACAGUAGGAGCAUGAAGAUCGGUUACAGUGAAAGCAGAGAGUGGUGGUUCAGGGCAUUUCAGACAUCCCUGUGUACAGUUGUGACGGAUAAACCACAUGCAGCAGUGUCACAGAUUUUUGUGACGAGGUCAGUUUGAUUGACUCAAGGCACUGGGAUGAGUCAGGGGUCAUGUGCUGACAUGGCAUUUCCUUCUCAAAUGAGUCAGUGGAAACAAAACCGUACACUGUUGCACUGUAACUUAAAAUCACAUCUGGGAAUUGUGGAACUGACUGCAUCACUCUAGUCCUCAAAGGACCAAAACAUUGAAGUGUGUAAAUUCUCUGAACUUCUUUGGUUAACAUAACUUCUACCAUCAUGUCCAGAAAAAAAAUAAAAAUAAA